GUCACUUGCCGAUAUCCUGCAAUUGCGCAAAAGUGCUACGUCAGCCAGCAGUGCAGUUGCCUGUCGGCACAGCUUCGUCAAAGCUGCCAAGUUGCCAUCCGCUGGCUGGCAAGCUAGCUAGCUCUGCUCUCUGCGUUUGGCAACAUCCGGUGGGAGCAGGACAAGAGGGGCUACUACACCACUGCAGCAGGCGCAGCGGCUCGCGGUGAAAGAAGCCAUGGGCAACAGACAGUCUAAGCAGCCGCUGUCCGCCGCAGCACCACCGCCGUUUCACCGGCCCUGCAGCAGCUCCCCGGCAGGCCCGCCGCCCACAUCCUCCUCUACUGCCGCAACCACUACUGCCGCCAUGGCCGCCGCCAGUGCCACUGCCGGCGGCGACCGCGGCAGCCUGCCGCUCCCGCGCUGGGUGGUCAUUGUGAGCGGGCGCCGCGGGGCCGGCAAGGACUUUCUGGCGGCAGCCAUUGCCGCCGAGGCCGCCGCCCAGCAGCAGGCAGCCGCCGCAGCGGCAGCGGCAGCGGCAGCGACGGCAGCCGAAACCGCACACGCGGCGGGAGCUGCAAACGCGGCGGCUAAUCCUGCGGUCUGCUGCCCUACUACUGGUGACAGCAGCAGCGGCGGCGGCAGUAGCAGCGCCGGUGUGCCUCCUGCCCCAGUGGUGGUGGAGGUGUCGGUCCGCAGCAUCAGCGAGGCAACCAAGAGGCGCUACGCCGCCGCCACGGGGGCGGAUGUGGGGCUGCUGCUGGGCGAGGGCGCGGCGGCGCGCGCCUACAAGGAGGGCCACAGGGCGCGGCUGCUCGCCUUCCACGAGGCCCAGGUGGCGGAGCAGGGCCCGGGCCUGCUGCUGAGCGGCUUUCUGGAGCUGGUGCGGGCCGCCGGCAGUAGCAGCGGCAGUAGCAGCAGUCGCACUGGAGGCAGCGGCAGUGGCAGUAGCGGGGCAGCUGCGCCGCCGCCGCCGCCGCCGCGCCUGCUGGUUGUGACGGGCAUGCGGGAGGUUGAGCUGCUGGACCUGCCGCGGCGCUGUGAGCUGGAGCAGCUGCUGCCGGGCACACAGGUGCUGACGGUGCUGGUGGCCGCCAGUGCGGCCGCCAAGGCGCGGCGCACGCCCGGCUGGCGGCCCUGCGAGCAGCUGGACGCCCACCCCAGCGAGGCGGCGCUGGAGGCGGCGCCGCGCUGCGCCUGGGGCGCCGUGUUUGAGAACGAGGGCGACGGCGAGGCGGUGGCGCGGGCCUGGGUGCGGCGCGUGCUGCUGCCGCUACUGCGGGGCCUGGUGCCGCCGGCGCAGCAGCAGGAGCAGGGGAAGGAGAAGGAGCAGGAGCAGGGGAAGAAGCAGGGGAAGGAGAAGGAGCAAGAGCAGGCCACUACUGCGGCUACUGCCGUUACGACGACUACUGCUCCUGCUACUGCUGCUGCCACUCCUGCUGCUACUGCUGUUGCUGCGGGCGGUCCGCCUCACAGCUGCAGCUCCCAGCAGGAGGAUCAGGGCACGGCGGCGGCAAAGGAGGAUGAGGACGAGGAGCAGGUGGGGGCCGAGGAGCAGGAGAUGCUGCAGCGGCUCAGGGCUCUGGUGCCGUGCGUACCCGACUUCCCAUCCCCGGGCAUCACGUUCCGGAACCUGCUCCACCUCCGGGGGGACGGACUGGCGCUGUGCACGCAGCUGAUGGCGGCCCGGCUGCGGCGGCAGCUCGGGGUGGGGCAGCAGGAGCAGGAGCAGCAGCAGCAGCAGUUGGGGGCGGACGGGGCGGGCUGCCCUGCAGGCUGCUGCCACAUCGACGCGGUGGUGGGCGUGGAGGCGGGCGGCUGGGUGUUUGCCGGCGCCCUGGCCGCACACCUGCGAGUGCCGCUCGUGCCACUGCGCAAGCGGCGCGGCGCCCUCCCGCCCUCCGGUGCUGGCGCUGACCCCGCCGCCGCUGCCGCUGCUAGCAGCACCCCAGCCGUCUCCGCCUUGCCGCCACCGCUGCUGCUCUCGCCGCCCUACGGCGGAUCCUUCAUUCGGCGCCAGGCCGCCGCCGCCGCCGCCGCUGUUGCGACUACCGGAACGCAGGCGGCGGCGCCUGCCACCGCUGCGCAUGCCGCGGAUGCUGACGGCUUCGUGGAUGUGGCUACCGACGUCGUCUCCUCCUGCCACCAACACCCCCAGCCCCAUCCGCACCCCCAGCCCCAACAGCCCCAGCCCCAACAGCCCCAACAGCCCCAGCAGCCGCAGCAGUGGCUGGAGCUGUGGGCCCCCGCACUGCCGCUCGCCGCCGUCGCCGCCGGCCGCCGCCGCUGGCGGGUGGUGGUGGUGGACGACUUGCUCGCCUCGGGUGCCACACUGGCGGCGGCGGUGCAGCUGGUGCGGGCGGCGGGGGUGGUGGUGGCGGCGGCGGCGGUGGCGGCGGAGCUGCCGUCACACGGCGGGCGGGCGGCGCUGGCGGGGCUGGGGGUGGGCCGGGUGGUGUCGGUGCUGCAGUAUGAGGGGCUGUGAGGGGCGGGGCUGUGAGAGGGGGGCUGUGAGGGGGAGGCGGCCGUGGCUGCUGUGUAGUGUGCAGUGCAGGAGGGAGGGUACCGAGCAUGUGUCUUCAAGUCAAGGGCUGUGAGGGUACGUGCUGCCGCGCUGGUCAAAGUAGGAAGCGUGUGCAGUCUAUUAUCAGGUUCC